CCUUUCUUUUCUGACAAACCAAAUAAAUAAUAAAAAGUUUUAAAAAAAUUGAGGAGGAAAGCUCUACCGUUACCUCAUUUGAAAUUGGCGCCCGAAAUCCGCUUAUCGAUUAUUCCACAGCUGUUUUUCUACCAUCACCGCCAAGAUUACAACAACUUUUUUUGACAUAACAUAACACAGCAUUAAAAAAUGCAAAUAAUUAGGAAUUGCAGCAGUAAACUACUCAGACACAAGUACCUGUGCCAGCCAAGGGUGUACGCCGUAUACUACAGUACCCUAAAAGAUGCGGCUAAGGAGCUUCCAUUGGCAGCAGGAUACCAGCCACGGCCAGUGGAAAACGCGUACUGGGAGCGGGAGGAGCGCCAGGCCAAUCUGCCCAAGGCUUCGGCCAGCAGUUGCAAGCGGGGCACCUAUCGCAUGCUCCUUCCGCCGCCAAAUGUAACCGGGAAUCUGCAUUUGGGCCACGCACUGAUGGCCACCGUGCAGGAUGUGAUCGCCCGCCAGCGCGAACAACUCGGUUACCAGGUGGACUGGGUGCCAGGCACCGAUCACGCGGGCAUUGCCACCCAGGUGGUGGUGGAACGCACGAUUGCAGCUUCUCAGGCGAAAACACGUCAGGAACUGGGACGCUCGGCCUUUCUGGACGAAGUGUGGCGCUGGAAGGCGGAGAAGGGUGCAGGUAUCGUGCAGGAUCUCCGACAACUUGGCUGCAAACUGAACUGGCAACGAGAAUACUUCACAAUGGACGAGCAGCAGGCGCAUGCGGUCAACGUAGCUUUCGAACGACUCUUUGACGAAGGUCUAAUUCAACGGCGCAACUCGCUUGUCAACUGGUCCACCACUCUGCGUUCCGCAAUAUCUGAUAUCGAGGUGGAUGUUGUCGACAUCAAGGAGCCGGUAGAGAUGGCCGUUCCCGGCUACGAACACAAUGUGCUCUUUGGCAGGAUCUACGAUUUUGCGUAUCGUGUUGUCGAUGGCGAAACGCUGCCCGAUGGUUCAGUUGAGGAGGUUGUGGUGUCUACCACUAGACCAGAGACCGUUUUGGGAGAUGUAGCUGUUGCAGUACAUCCGCUCGAUCCACGCUACGUCAAGUAUCGAAACCUUGAUCAGGUGAACCUAAAGCAUCCCUUCCGCGAUGACACCAUUCCACUCGUUUUCGAUAUCUCCGUGGACCAGGAGUUUGGCACCGGUGCAGUGAAGAUUACACCUGCCCAUGACAAAUUUGACUUCGAGCUGGCUAAUCGCCAUAAGCUUCAACCUCGCCAGGUGUUUAACGAAACGGGCCAUGUGCUGGAGGCGUAUUCUGAGUUCAAGGGCAUUCCGCGCUUUGAGGCGCGCGAGCUCAUCGUCAAUCGCUUGGAGGAGAUGGAUUUGCUGCGCCAGGUGCGCUCUCAUACCAUGCAGUUACCCAUCUGCUCGCGCUCCAAGGACGUUAUUGAGUACAUGAUCUUGCCGCAAUGGUUCCUCAAGUGCAAGGAUUUGGCAAAGGAUGCCUUAUCUGAACUCCAUAGCGGACGUCUGCAAAUCCUGCCUCCGAGCUUCGAAACGGAGUGGGAACGCUGGCUGCAGGACAGCCGCGACUGGUGCAUUUCCCGGCAGUUGUGGUGGGGCCAUCAGGUACCCGCAUACGAGGUGACCGACUCCCAGGGAAAAAGUCAAUGGGUGGCUGCCGUUAACGAGAAGGCAGCCAGGCAGAAAGCCAUACAACUUGUGGGUAGCGAGGAAUUUACUUUAAAACGCGACCCGGAUGUUCUGGACACUUGGUUUUCUUCGUCGCUGCUGCCCUUCUCCACGGCCGGUUGGCCGGAGGAAAGCUACAAGGAAAGGUAUCCUUUGGACAUAAUGCAGACUGGCCACGAUAUUAUCUUCUUUUGGGUGGCGCGCAUGAUGAUGAUGGGUCUGAAGCUGACGGGCGAAGCACCCUUUCAGAGAAUAUUGCUGAACGGCAUUGUGUGCGAUGCCCAUGGCAGAAAGAUGUCAAAGAGUCUCGGCAACAUCGUGGCCCCACAGCAAGUGGUCCAGGGCGCCAGUUUAGAGAGCCUGAAAGCUGGCUUAGAGCAAUCUUGCGAGGCGGGCAUCAUUAAGCCUGCAGAGUUAAAGACCUCCACGGCUGGAAUGACGAAAAUGUUCCCCAAUGGGAUCCAGGAGUGCGGUACCGAUGCGCUUCGCUUCACCCUGAUGAGCCACAACAUCAAGAGCCACUUCAUUAGCUUCGAUGUGAACGCCUGCUACACCAACAAGCUGUUCCUAAACAAGAUAUGGCAGGCGAUGCGCUUUACCCUCGGCUCUGCCAAGGGGCUGGGCAUCUCACUGCAUCAGUUUGAGACACUUGAAGGUGUGAGUCUGGGCAUUUGGGAUCGCUGGAUCAUCGGACGCCUGGCAGAGACCUUGUCUGUCUGCUCGCAGAGCUACGGCAACUACAAUUUUCACUUGGCCACAGCAGCUCUAAAGACCUUUUUCUAUCAAAAUCUCUGUGAUACUUACUUGGAAACCACCAAAACUGCGAUAGCAAACCGCACUACCGAUGCCUUCAUCCAUGUGGGCACCCUGACCGCGUGCCUUAGCUGGGGUCUGCAGGCCAUGGCCCCAUAUACUCCCUUUGUGGCUUCCGAGCUGCUGCAGCAUGUGCCCCUUAAUAUAGAGCUAAAACUGUCCGACUACAAGGAUGAGCAGUUGGACGAGGAGGUCAACGAAAUAGUGAGCAUCUGCCAGAAUGUGCGACAGAUUAAGAGUCGCAAUGAAAUCAGCAAGCGGCACCAGCCGCACCUCAGUUUGUUCGCCCAGAAUACGGACUCGGAGGGAGUGCUUCGUCGCCACCUAGCGCAGAUCAAGGUGCUCACUCGCUGCGAGGACGUGGAGCUGGAACUGCUUGACGAGAGCUCAAAGAUUUCAAAGCAACUUAGCUUCUUCUCAACGGCUGGGGCACUCUGUUCCUUUGGCUUGAGGGUGAGCGAUGGAUUGGCCGUGACGGCGGAAAAGCGCGACGAGAUGCAGCUGGCCAAUACUAAAAAACUUAAGAAGCUGGUCACCGAACUGCAGCGGUAUCGUAUGCGUCUGGAUAACGAAGCGUUCCAGCUGAUGGCCGACAAGAAUGUUAAGACGCACUUUGAAAAUAAGGUCAAAGAGUUGGAAGCGGAAAUCAGCAGUCUCACUCGGCUGGCAGUGUCGUCCUAAUCCACUGCAUAGAAAUAAGCUUAGAUAAUGCCUUUCUUGUUGUCUUACAACCUCCUAAGUCAUCUGUUUGUUUAGAAUUAAAGACUGCCAUAAUUAUUAAA